AUUAACCAUGGGCAACGUACUUGGAACCGUCCAAUACCUGACUUCGUUCUACCGGAUGUUCGCACCAAACCCUGAUGAAGACUUCGCGGAGUGUAACAACGGGGUCCCCUGCCGCGCGGUGACCGGAAACAAGGCCGUGCAGUCUAUAAUGUACGACUUCGACCGUUUCCAGAAGGAGGAGUUCACAUUUUCCGGCUUGAUCGCGCCCGAGGAGCUGACGGACGGCGUCUGCCUCAGCGCGCUGUCCAACGGGAAGGCGCACGAGAAAUACAAGGGGUUUUUGAUGGACGUCAUCUCAAAGGGUUACGGUGAGCUCCCGUCCUGCACCGCGCGGUCUGUGCUGUCGAACGUGUCCCAGUGGGGGAAGGGGCCGGUGGACGACUUCGAGUUCAAACUGCUGGUCGUGAUGUGUGAGGCGAUUCUCCCAACCAUCUACGGCCAAUCAGCGUUCGAUGUGAAAGACAUUGAGACCUACGUCGACGGCAUAACUUCCGGCCAACCAAGAUCGCGGAUCUUACAAGUGUUAUUGUCUUGGAGAAGUCUCGACGCAGCACACAGGGCGAAGGCGUCUGUUGUGGAGAAAAUACAGACAUCAGAAAGGUACCAGCAGCUGAUGGAUCUGGCGAAAUCACACGGAAUGGGAGAGCACGAGGCGACGAUGCAACUCCUCAUCUCCAUCAGCCUGAACGGGGUUUGCGGCAGCGGCGCGAAUCUCGUCACAGUCUUCGCCUGCUUGAACACCCUCAGCGAGGAGGACCGGGAGGAGCUACGGGAGGAAGCGCUCGCGGCUAUGCGGAAACACGGAGGCCUGACUCGUGAAGCCCUGCAGGAGAUGCCGAAGGUUGAGAGCCUGGUCUUGGAAGCGCUGCGGUUCAGUCCGAGCCCAGGAACUUCCAGCAACGUGAUCGCAGUGCGACCGGCGACUUGCCCGUACACCACGCAGAAGGGAGAACAGAAGGAAGCGGAGAUCAAGGAAGGUGAAGUUGUGUUCAUGUUUUCCUACUGGGCAUUGAGGGAUCCGACCGUCUUCGACAAAGCAGACGAGUUCGUGUGGCGCAGGUUUCUCGGCCCCGAGGGCAAAGCUCGCCGGGAAAACCAUAUCAUCUUUAACGGGCGACUCGUGGAUUCUCCCUCAGUCAACAACCACAUGUGUCCCGGUAAGGACGUUGCGAUUUCGGCGCUGAAAGGCAUCAUCGCCAUUCUCAACACCUUCUAUGGAUGGGAACUCGAGGAAGCGCCGUACUGGACGGGGACGAAAGCGGCUCGCAUCGGCAAACCUGACAACGAAAUGAAAAUCAAGUCAUUCUGGCUGCAACGUCCCGAAGACCUGAAAGAGAUUUUUCCAUCCUACCUUGAUGACAUGUGAGAGAUUCUUAUUGUGCGCAACUGGCACGGAUUUAACCCUAUUCAGACAGGGGUGGGGUGGGGGGCGGCUUUUCUAGCCUCUACCAGGC